AUGGCUCAACUCGCAGCCGAGAAACAUGCUGUUCGCACCUUCUUCCGUAUGGCAUUAAAAAGCUGUUUGAAAGAGUCCGAACGUAAGCUCUUCUCUGUUAUGAUGAUUCAGCAGUUGGCGGUUCGAGGACUAGCUCUUCAUCAUGCCGGAAUGCUGCCAAUCUUAAAAGAGAUUCGUCAAGCGUGGGCUUCGGAUGAUUAUGGUCCUCAGUAUUCUUAUCUUAUCCGUCUGCCCAGCUCCCUGACUGCCAGGCCCCCAAAGUUGUACUGGUUUAUUCGAAACGGACAUCACUCACUGGCAACGUCUUCGCUUCAUUGCCGAAAACCCAUGCCCUCCACUUUCUUCAUCGCGAUCAAUUUUCCUCCGGUUAGCGAUGGAUCUUUGAUCCAGGCGUCUCCUUUUUGCUGGUCUUGCUCUAUUUUUGUUUUCCCUGAGUUUGCUUAA